AGAGUUGGAGAUGGACGAGUCUUUGACAAGGUUUGCUGCGAUCGCUAUCGACCGUUUCUUGUCACUGCUUCUGGCAAGAAGAAUCCUGACAACUCCUCUUCUUCAGAUAAUGGUGAAGAGUCUAUUCCAGAAGGAGAUGGCAUUAGAGGCAGCAAUUCUUCUGAUGGUGACAAAUCAGACGGCAGUACUGAGAAAUCUCAUCAUCCCACUAAUUUGGAUUGGCGCGAAUUCAGAGCAAAGCUAUAUAGAGAUGAGCUGAAAGAAGAAUCAGAAUCUGACGCUCAAAAUCAAGGUGGGAUAUUGUACAAUUCCAAGAAUCUUGCCACAAAGUGGGCUCAUCCUAUUCCUGUACCAGAGACUGGCUGUGUGCUUGUGGCAACAGAAAAACUUGAUGGUGUCCGCACCUUUGAAAGAACUGUUGUCCUCCUUCUCAGAUCUGGAAGUAGACACCCACAAGAAGGGCCUUUUGGAAUUGUCAUCAAUCGUCCUCUUCACAAAAAGAUUAAACAUAUGAAGCCUACUAAUCACGACCUUCUAACCACCUUUUCUGAUUGUUCUCUGCAUUUUGGUGGACCUCUUGAGGCGAGCAUGUUUUUACUAAAAUCAGGGGAGAAGUUGAAGGUUCCAGGUUUUGAAGAGGUAAUACCGGGAGUAUGCUUUGGAGCUCGAAACAGUUUGGAUGAUGCCGCAGCCCUUGUGAAGAAGGGGGUUCUCAAAGCUCAAGAUUUCAGAUUUUUUGUUGGUUACGCUGGAUGGCAGUUGGAUCAGUUGAGGGACGAGAUAGAGUCAGAUUAUUGGUAUGUGGCUGCAUGUAGCUCAAGUUUGCUUUCUAGUGCUUUGUCGGAUUCUUCAGAGAAUUUGUGGGAAGAGAUUUUGCAGCUAAUGGGUGGUCAUUACUCAGAAUUGAGCCGGAAGCCAAAGCAAGAUAUGUAGUUUUUUAUGUAUGGUUUCACAUUCAGAAACAAAUGAAGCAUGUAUAUUCAAGGAUGUUGGCUGAAAUGUACUAAAGUUCAUUUUCCUGCCAAAUCAUGCUCUAUUGUUUAUUACUUUAUUAUGUAACAGGAAUCGUACCUUAUUGGGUUCUUGUAAUUAUGCUUGUUAAUAUAGUUUGAUAUAAGUA